UUCGUAAACGACACGCGUGAGUCGGUCGUCAGGUCUUUGAGUGCACGAGUGAGUCCUUUCCCCCUCUUCACCCGCACUGUCCACUCAAUCAUGUGUGUGUGGUCAGUCCGCUGGCCCCACCUACACAGGAAACGAUCCUAUUGCCAUGGAGUGGCUCUUGCCGGUUCUCAUGCCGGAUGCAGUGGCUCUUUAAUGUUUGUUCUGACAGGCGACCAUCCCCGACCACAAGAUUGGAGGCACGGGCAGGCAGUCAUACUCAUAAACGGACCCGUCUGUGAACUUGUUGCAGCCUUUCCCCGGCUUACUGCACAGUUGUUGAACGACAAAGGGUGACACAAGCAAACAAGUAUAUAAGAUUGAGCUGCUCAGUCAGUCUUACCAGUUGUCGCCGUAGUUGCCAGCCACCUGCACACAACAAACAAAGUCGAGCGAUCAAAAGAUACGAAGGAAGGCUUUGUACUUUUGAGGAUGGUACCGACCUUGCACCUCUUGGGAUUGGACUCCGGCUUCACGUCGUUGGGGAAGCCAUACACUUUCUCGUAGCAUUUGGUGGCUCGGCCCAGGUGGUCCUUUUUGUCCUUGCAGUCCUCAUCCUUGUCGCACGGGUUGCACGGGUCCCUGUCUGUGCACCACGGCUUCUUCUACACACACACACACACACCCACACACACACACGCAAGGCAGCUCCUGAAUCGCUGUAAAUCGGCGGCCUGUCAGCCCACCGGUGCGGUCGUGUUGCUCAGCAGUGGUGUCCCCCUGGAAUUUCCGGCAGGGAGAGACAGCUCCUUCUCGGUGGCCUGAAUGGUAUGUGCCUUUGGCUCUGCACCGCACAAAGCGUGCACACACGUGCACACACAUUGAUUGCAUGUCGGCACACUCGUGCGCACGUGCAUAAAUCCAUCAUGCCUAGUACUACCCUGCACGAGAGAGACUGCUGCCGUAGCUGUGACCGUCAGGAUGAUGGCCAAGGGAAGCAGUGGAGAGGGGCUGCGCUGCGCCAUCGCGAAGACGACAACGGGGUGACGAACUUGAAGAAGACGAACUUGAAGACGGUUGGGGGGCGUCUCCUCGGCGACGCGCGUCCUGUGCGACUCGACAAAGCUGGCAGUG